GGCUGACCCGCGGCACUGCGGGGCUCUGCGCAGGCGGAAGUCUUGGAGCGGCUGCAGUGGCGACGGAGCUAGGCUGGCGGCCCGAGGGACUUCUGAGCAGUUCCCUGGCUGCUCCUGGUGGCCUUCUUCUCCGACCCCGACCUCUCCUCGCCCAGAAGCCGGGCGGAGAAUGGUUCGAUUCGCUUUGACCGUCGUCCGGCAUGGAGAAACAAGAUAUAACAGAGAGAAAAUAAUUCAAGGACAAGGUAUAGAUGAACCUCUUUCUGAAACUGGUUUUAGACAAGCAGCUGCUGCUGGUGAAUUUCUUAGUAAUGUGAAGUUUACUCAUGUUUUCUCAAGUGAUCUCAUGCGUACAAAACAGACCACUGCUGGGAUUUUGGAGAAAAGCAGAUUCUGUAAAGAAGCAACAGUAAAAUAUGAUACAAGACUUCGAGAAAGGAAAUAUGGAAUUGCUGAAGGCAAACCUCUCUGUGAAUUAAAGGCACUGGCCAAAGCAGCUGGGGAACAGUGCCCUUAUUUCACACCUCCUGAAGGAGAAACAUUAGAUCAGGUGAAAUUACGAAGCAAGGAGUUUUUUGAAUUUCUUUGUCAACUGAUCCUGGAUGAAACUAGUGAGAAAGGACAGCCCACAUCAGGAACAAUAGACAGCGGUCUGGAGACCUUUCUAACAGAAAACAUUUCCGUUAGAAGCAACUGUGAACCAGAUAUUAAUUCAGACAGUGUUGCCCAAGUGUUAGAUGCCAAUAUAUUGGUGGUGAGUCAUGGGGCUUACAUGAAAAACAUGUUUACUUAUUUUGUGGUUGAUCUGGAGUGUACCUUACCAGCAAAUCUAAGCAAAUCUGAACUCAAUUCAGUUAGCCCCAAUACAGGGAUCAGUCACUUUAUAAUAAAUGUAGAACCAGGUGCUAAAGAAAUUAGAACAACCAUAAAGUGCAUUUGUAUUAAUCUGCAGGAUCACUUAGCCAAAAUGACAGAAAGUGCCUAGGCCCAAAAAAUCAUUAGGUUUUUUCAUAUUUUUUGUGUUAUUGAGGGAAGCACCUUCCAAUAGUUAUGAUUCCAAAUGCUUAAAAUAAGUUCAAAUGCAAAAGUAGUAACAUAAAAACACUAAAUAAAACCCAGGGGAUGAGUUACGGUAUGUUUUGAGUUCAACUAUUGGCAUUUUCCAAAAGAAAUGACACUGUUUCCUGCCAGCUUUUGACUUUGUAUAGAAAUGGAAAUGUCCAUGUUGUCAAAUGAAGUAUUAUAACUUUGUUAUAAUUUUGAAGUAUAAUUUAUUAUCACGGUUCUUAAUGUAUUUAUUUAAUGUGCUAAAUAUUAGCACUGAGGAUGGUUAUUUUUUAAAAACACUACCAUAAUUUGUAAAAGAAUUACUUACGUUUAAGGACAUUUUUUCCUUUUUAACCAAUUAUGACUAGAUUUUGCAGCUAACUUAUCAAAACCUGUUUUUGUUCUACUUUGUUUUUUCUUAUGUUGACGUCUGGGUUUUUUUAUGGCUGAAAAUAAAUAUAGCCUAUGUGAUUGGCUUUUAGUAACAUACUGUAUGUUUCAUGAACAAUUUUUUUGGUGUUUGGAAAAAGGAACUAUUUAUUGUGAAAUGUCACCUACUUUAGAGUGCUUCUCUAUAUGAAGAAAUCUUUCUGAAUAAAACUUAUCAACAUGACUGUAAAAAUAAAAUAACAUUACUAUUGUGGA